GACUCCUUUUCACUCGAACCCCACCAAAAAAAAAAACAAGAAAGACAUAAUGGGAUCGACGGAGAUAAUUCCGGCGAGAGUUUCCGACGACGAUGAAACCCACCUCUUCGCCAUGCAGCUCGUGAGCGCCUCCGUCUUGCCAAUGGUUCUGAAUUCGGCCGUUGAGCUCGACUUGCUCGAGAUCAUGGCCAAGAACGUCGGUUUCUCCGGCCAGAUGUCGCCUUCGGACAUAGCUUCUCAUCUUCCGACAAACAACCCCGACGCUCCCGUCAUGCUCGACCGUAUGCUCCGGUUGCUCGCCGCGUACUCCGUACUCACCUGCUCCGUCCGCACGCUUCCCGACGGCGGCGGCGUGGAGAGGGUGUACGGACUCGGGCCUGUCUGCAAGUACUUGAUCAAGAACGAAGACGGCGUCUCUCUCGCUCCUCUCUGUCUCAUGAACCAUGACCGCGUCAUGAUGGAGAGUUGGUACCAUUUGAAAGAUGCGGUUCUUGAAGGUGGAAUCCCAUUCCAAAGGGCAUUCAAGAAAACAUUUUUCGAGUAUAUGGGGACAGACCCAAGAUUCAACAAAGUAUUCAACAGCGGACUGUCGAGCCACUCAUCCAUCGUGGUCAAGAAGAUUGUCGAAACCUACAAAGGGUUCGAGGGCUUGACCACGGUGGUCGACGUCGGCGGUGGGACCGGAGCCACUCUCAACAUGAUUGUCUCUAAGCACCCGAACAUUAAAGGCAUCAACUUUGAUCUCCCUCACGUCAUCGACGGCGCUCCUUCUUAUCCCGGGAUCGAACAUGUCGGAGGAGAUAUGUUCGCUAGCGUUCCGACAGGAGAUGCAAUUUUCUUGAAGGGGAUAACUCACGACUGGAACGACGAGCAGUGCGUAAAACUGUUAAAGAACUGUUACGAAUCGCUUCCGGACAGCGGGAAAGUGAUACUGGCGGAGUGGAUACUUCCUGUCGUGCCAAACCCUAGCGCCUCGAACAGGCUAGUGGUCGACAUAGAUUGCUACAUGUUGGCUUUGGAUCCGGGGAAAGAAAGAACCGAGGAUGAAUUCAGGGCCUUGGCCGAAGGAGCAGGCUUCCAGGGAUUCCAAGUUGUUUGCAAGGCCUUCACCCACCAUAUUAUCGAGUUCCUCAAGAGGAUAUGAAGAAGACUUUUGCUGAUAUAAAUGGAUGAGCUCGCUAUCUUCUUCUUUCUUUGUGUCCAUCUUACGAGUUUCGAUGUUUCUUUCUGUCUUCUGAGAUUGCCCCAGUUGCUUUGGUGCUGCCAUAUGACGUCAUCAAUAUUUUGGAUGUGUUUGAGAUGAAUAAGAAUCUCGUCUUUGGAUAUA